ACUAACUAUCCAUCAACUGAUAUUGAUAUUAAUACAUUAGUACACAGUUAGUUACACACUCUACCUUGGUUACAACAAUAUUAUGGAUAUGGAUUCAACAGGUGGUUCCUCCAUUUGGCUCUAUGAUUAUGGCUAUGAUGAUAUAUCUAUUUCUGCUGCUGAUUUCAUGGCUUCUGACUCUUCUGCUGCUGCUUCUACUUUCACCUGGAUGCCUCAGCCUCAGUCUCAGACUCAGAUCAUCAAUCCUCCUUCCUCCCAUAUGAGCUUGGAAAUGGAUUACUCCCUGGAUUCAACUGUAAUGGAAAGUAACCCUUCAAAGCGCAUGGAAAUGGAAUACUCACUGGAUUCAACAGUACUGGAAAACGGCCCUUCAAAGCGGUUAAGGACAGAAUCAUAUGCAUCUAGCUCCAAGGCAGGUCGUGAGAAAGUGCGAAGGGAUAAAUUGAAUGACAGGUUUAUGGAAUUGAGUUCUGUCUUAGAGCCUGAUACACUGCCCAAAACAGACAAGGUUAGCCUAUUAAAUGACGCGGUUCGAGUGGUGACCCAAUUAAGAAAUGAAGCUGAGAGGCUCAAGGAAAGGAAUGAUGAAUUGCGCGAAAAAGUUAAAGAACUUAAGGCCGAGAAGAAAGAGCUUCGUGAUGAGAAAAAUAAGCUGAAGCUAGACAAAGAAAAGUUGGAACAGCAAGUCAAAUUAGCAAGUGUACAGUCCAACUUCCUCUCUAAUGCAAUGGCUGCUAAAGGACAAACUGCUAACCACAAGCUGAUGCCUUUCAUUGGUUAUCCUGGAAUUUCAAUGUGGCAGUUUAUGUCACCUGCUACAGUUGAUACAUCACAGGAUCAUCUGCUUCGACCUCCAGUUGCUUAAAGUGGUUAGCAACAGCAUCCACUUCCUUAUUGUACAAAGUUGUUAGUUGAACAUCGAUUUGAGACAUAAAAAUUCGACAAUUUUUUACAUGGUUAACGCAGUUCGCACAUGUGGUUCAUGAAGUGUUAGAUUUGGUUAAUAGAUAUAUCAGAUGUCAGCAUGUCGCAAUCUAUUAACUAUCUAAUGAACUUCAUUAAUCAUGAAUCUGAACGUGAUUAACCACAAUUUUCAAGUGUUCAAAUCUACAUGUAGUUGGAACACUUCAAUUACGUUAACUGUGUAAAAAGUCGUUGAAUUUACAUGUACCAAAUUGUUGUUCAAAUAACAUCACCGUUAUUGUAUGUGUGCUUUGCUUGUAUUAUAUUUUUUUUCCUGAGUGAUUCACUUUGUCCUUAUUGUUUGUUUUUAAAAUUCUGAGACUAAAAGUUUGCUUGGAAACUGGUUGAUUUGAUAAAUUUGUGCUGCUACAAUACAAUCUUAAUCUAAAUUAAGUAAA